UCUCCUCAACUCAACUGACGCUGCAGUGCAGCAUUGUACAUUGGUACAUUCUUAGUGAUCCAAUUCCAAAUCCUACCGGAAAAAUGGCGGGAAAUUUUGGCGCCAGGAUUGCAUUGGAUAUUGUCCCUCUAUAUAAAACCUACCCUCCUUUCUUAUUUCCCUUAUCACCAUUCUCGUUUUCCCUUGGCGCACACAAGCAUAAGCACGUUCUCAGAAUGGCCCAACCAGAGUCACACGCCAACAACGGCCCCGAGAUUCAAGAGCCUUCGCCCAAAAUCCCUAAGAUCCACAAGAACGGUGACGUUUCUGCCGACACUCCUCUUCUCCGAGUGAAGAAACUCUCGGACAAAGCCAUUUUGCCCUCUAGGGCUUCCCCUCUCUCUGCUGGUUACGAUCUCUCUAGUGCGGUGGAGACGAAGGUGCCAGCGAGAGGGAAGGCUCUGGUGGCUACUGAUAUCAGCAUUUCUAUUCCACAAGGGACCUAUGCUCGCGUUGCUCCGCGGUCGGGGUUGGCGUGGAAGCAUUCGAUCGACGUGGGUGCGGGGGUGAUCGACGCUGAUUACAGGGGUCCGGUUGGGGUGAUCCUGUUCAAUCAUUCCGAUGUUGAUUUUGAGGUGAAGCUUGGAGAUAGGAUAGCGCAGCUCAUCAUCGAGCAGAUCCUCACACCGGAUGUUGCUGAGGUUGAUGAUUUGGAUUCCACUCUCAGAGGUGAAGGUGGCUUUGGAUCUACCGGUGUUUGAUUGGGGUUUCGGUGUUCUGAUGUUAUGUAGUAUGCUUAGUUAGGGUUUAAGGGAUGUGAAGAAAAAACCGAUGGUGGGCGUGUUUCUACUUUUUCCCACCUAUUGUUAGGGCUGAUAAACGAAUGAAAUCAUCAUUGCUUUUAUCAAUCAAACUUCUCUUGCCCCAUUUCAUGUUUAGUGCUUUUCCUAUUCCAAACUUGUGUGGUAAUAUUUGGUUGAAAGGAAUUUGCUGUGAAAAAGAAAUUAUACAGGAAAAUUUGGUCGGCUUU